CAACCAAUCUCCCGCCAAUCGUAACCGCUCGGUUCGUUGGUUGGUCCUCCUAAGCAAGAAGCCAAGAAGCUCACCGCUGCCAAUGGCGAGCACAGGCGACGAGAGCAAGCAGCCACCAGAGAAGCGCGCCCGACUUGACGGCGCCCAGGCCGCGCCGCAGCCGGCGCCGGCGCCGGCGCGCGUGCAGCUCAACCCGGCCGACUGCAACCUCGAUUUCGUCGUCAGCCAUGGCGGGCUCCGGGGGCACGCGCUGCACGGGGGCGCGUUCGCCUACUGCUGGUCGGGGGCACGCGCGACGGCGGGGGUCCGAGGCGGCGGGCGGUACUGCUUCGGGUGCAGGGUGUUGGCGGAGCAGCCCGUGGAGAUGGAGGACACGGAGGCCGGCCAGCGGCACCUCUGCCGCGUCGGCGUCUCGAGGGGGGACGACCCCGUGGGCGGCCUCGGGGAGGCCGGCGGCCAGAGCUUCGCGUUCGGGGGCACCGGCGGCAAGCCCCGCCACGACGGUAACCUGAUCGACGACGAGUUUGGGGUCGGCGACACGGUCGUGUGCGCCGUGGACCUGGAUGCCAGGCCCGUGGCCUCGAUCGGGUUCGCCAAGAACGGGCAGUGGCUCGGCAUCGCCCUGCCCUUGGAUGCCAGACAGACGGGGCUCGGUUCGGUUGAUGUUCCUGUGAAGCCAAUGCCGUGGGAGUCGGCUAUCUUUCCUCACGUUCUGCUCAAGAAUGUGGUCGUGGAUCUGCAGUUCAGCAUGGAGGACGGGCUGGAGCCGGUCAAUGGUUACCAGCCCUGGAGCUCACUUCUUGCUGAUGGGAUUGGCAACGCUGUUCUUGGGCCUGCGUUUGCAGAACAGAAGGAAUGUGAGGUUAUGAUGAUGGUUGGCCUCCCGGCUUCUGGGAAGACUAGUUGGGCAGAGAAGUGGGUCAGGGAGCAUCGAGAGAGACGAUUCGUGAUUCUCGGGAUCAAGCAUGCGCUGGAACAGAUGAAGCGAAUUUUGCCUUGCCAUUAUCGACGAACAUGCCUGGUUCAAUGGAACGUUUCGAUGAGGUAUUUUUUGUUGAGCUCUCCCGAGAUGAUGCUCAGAGAUACCUUAAUCCAGUGAGAAGUAACCGUGGAUCAAAUGCUUACUCCCAAGACGCUUCUGCUCAAGGCUGGGGGAGUACAAGCCAUAAUCAGAGGCAGGGGAGAUCCAAUGUUUCAGAUAAGCAGUCAAGUUCCAAUGCUCCAACUGAACCGUCAAGCUCAUAUGCUCCAGCUGAAAAGGAUAAGGAGGUGGCGGACUCUGGUUUCAUCCUGUCCAAGAAGCUUGAGCUAGGACAGGAAUACGAAGAAAUGGAUAAGGAGUACAGCAACAUCAGGAAAAUGUCCAGGGGUGGCCAAGCUGAAGAUGCUGCUUGGGUUGCAUUCGAAGCUCGCUUGGACAAAUGCAGAGCGAUGCAAAAAGAGAUAAGAAAUGCCAAAGGGGUUCCUGAGCCCAUCCCUGAGCGGUUCUUAUUGGGCAAGGAUUUCGUCCGGUCCAAGAAUCUUGAGCUUCAAGAGGAACUGAAAUCAGCGGUAAAAAGUCACAAGGAAGCCAUUGAGAUGUCCGGGAAGGGUCAUGCCUCAGCUGCUGAGAUGGAAUCUGCUUGGGAUGAAUUCAAAGUUCACUUUAACAGAUGCAGAGCGAUCCAAAGAGAGAUAAGAGAUGCCAAAGGGGUUCCUCUGCCCAUGCCCGAGGAGUUUGUGGACUACUAGCUGUAGAACCACGUUCAUUGGUUGCUGUUAUGCGUGCAAAACACAGUUCGAGUCUGUAGAGCUCACUGUUCAUUGAUUGUUCUUACAUGCAAAACACUGUUUACUCUUUAGAGCAUCCGGACAGUUCUUUGUAAGGAACUCAGAUGUUGUAUAGGUGGUAUAGUACUAGCACGGUUCAGUUUUUUCUUGCUCUAACUUUUUAAUCCAAUGGUGAGAUAGAUCA